GUGAACUCCCAUUCCAACAUGGCGCUCCCCUUGUGGACCAAUUUGAAACAUUUCACCCGCUUCAUUCAGAGGUUUAAGCCCCUGAAAAGGUGCUUCUGCGCUGCUGUCUGCCCGGAAAUCAAGGAGCCUCCAUUAAAUGCUCGCGUGUUCUCAGGGAUCCAGCCGACCGGAGUGCCGCAUCUAGGCAACUACUUGGGUGCUCUGGAAAACUGGGUGGUCCUGCAGAACCAGUACCCCUCGGUGCUCUACAGCAUCGUGGACCUGCACUCCAUCACUCAGCCUCAGGAUCCAGACAAGCUCAGGAACAACAUCCUGGACAUGGCAGCGAGCUUGCUGGCUUGUGGAAUCAACCCAGAGAAGGCGAUCCUGUUUCAGCAGUCUCAGGUGUCCGAGCACGCUGAGUUCUGCUGGAUCCUCGGCUGCCUGACCAGCAUGCCCCGGCUACGCCACCUACCCCAGUGGAAGAUGAAGAGCAAGCAGAAGAACGAGGGCAGCGUUGGGCUCUACAUCUACCCCGUCCUGCAGGCCGCCGACAUCCUGCUCUACAAGUCCACACACGUCCCCGUCGGAGAGGACCAGGUCCAGCAUCUGGAGCUGGCUCAGGAUCUCGCCCGGAUCUUCAACCUGCAUUACGGAGAGCUGUUCCCCGAGGCGCGGGCUCUGCUGAGUUCGACACGAAAGGUCAAGUCCCUCCGCGACCCCUCCUCCAAAAUGUCAAAGUCCGACUCGCAGGCGAUGGCCACCAUCGCCAUCACCGACUCCCCGGACGACAUCGCCCAGAAGAUCCGCCGCGCCGUCACGGACUUCACCUCCGAGGUCACCUUCGACCCGCAGGCGCGCCCCGGCGUGUCCAACCUGGUGACCAUCCACGCCGCCGUGGCCAGGCUCAGCGUGGAGGAAGCGGUGUCGGCAGCCAAAGGGCUGGACACGGGGGCGUACAAGGGGCUGGUGAGCGAGGCGGUGAUCCAGAGGCUGGCGCCCCUCAGGGAGGAGAUCCAGAGGCGGAGGGCGGACCCGGCGCACCUGGAGGCGCUGCUGGCCCUGGGGAGCCGCAGGGCCCGGCAGCUGGCCGCACCCGUGCUGGACGAGGUCCGACACAGAGUGGGCUUCAGCUGAAAGGCGACAAAAGCUGGGGAAGAUACGUGGGAUGUUUGAAGUCUGACCACUGGCCACAGACUGGUGGAUCAGAGUUUGUCACAUCAAACACUGGACUCAUUUAUUUAGCUCCAAGUCCUCAAUACAACACAGGCUGUUUUUCAUGUUCCCCUCUGUGUGUGUGUUUUGUUUUUUUUUUUUUGCCAUAUUUCGUGUGCUGCCAAAACAUUCAAAUCUUCUGAAAACUCAACAAUAAAAACUUGCCUCACUUAGAGAGUCUUCAGGUUUUAUUGUGAAUUGUUCAAAAGAAACCAAGCGGCAUCGGUUUUACUUGAGCAGAUGAACCCGGUCGGGAAGAUUAUUUUGUUUCUGGUUUUCUCUUUUAUUUUUUUUUAUUUUUUUGCUUCUUGCAGAAGAAGCUGGACCUUAAUACAAAAACUGAAAACUGAAUGAUAGCUUUCCUUUUUUCCUUGUGUUUUUUUUAUUUUUUUUUUUAUUUUGCUUUUCUAUUUUGCUUUAAAACUCAAGGCUACAAUCAUGCUGACAUAAUCUACUUUAAUGCUUUCCUUUUAUUUUAACUGUAGAUUUUUUUAAAUAUUUUUGGAAACUGAAGAUUACCUAUGGCAGCAUAAUCUCAUUUAGCGUGUCUGAUGUUUUCCUUUUUCCAAAACCUGAAGAUCGGACAAAACCGACAAUCUCUUAUUGUUUAAUGCUUAUUGCUGUUUAAUACUUUACUUUUUUUUUUUUUGCUUCAAAACUGAAUAUUAUAGUUUGAAGCAAACUGUAAUAAGACACUUACUGCUUUACUUCAUUUUAAUUAAAUUUAUUUCAUUUUUCCCCCCAAAACUGAAGAUUAUACUUAAGGUGACAGAAUGCACAUAUUUUAAGAUGUUUGGUGUUUUUUCUUUCAUUUAUUGCUAUUUUUUCAAAACCAAAGAUUAAAGUUAUGGUGACAGAAUCUACUUUAAAAUAUUUGAUUCUUCCCUUUCUUUUAUUAUUAUUUUUUUUUCAUCUAAAACUGAAGAUUACUUAUGGUGACAGGAUCUACUUUAAUUCUCUCCUUUUUUAUUGUUAUUGUUUUGUUUUAUUUUUACUUCAAAACUGAAGAUUAUACUUGCGGUGACAUAA